AUGUCAUCAUCAUCAACAUCUUCACAACCACCUCCAACUUCAUCAACAUCGAAAUCUAUUCCAACAACAAAAAAACCAAGAAGGCGAUCAUUCAUGGAUUAUGGAGGUUCAAAUUCUUUAAAUAACUUUGCAUCAUCAUUUAGUAGAGCUCAAAAUUAUACUGGUACAACAUUUAUGGAAAGUCCAGAUGAUUCAGAUUUUGUAGUACAACAACAACAACAACAACAACAACAACAACAACAGAAUUCACAAAUACCAAAUUUCACAUUACCUUCAGAUCGACCUAUUUCACCAUGUGAUGAAGAAAGUUAUAUUGGAGAUGAAGGAGAUAAUCAACCACAAGGUGAGAAUAGAAUACGGAAUUUCCAAUUUCCAAAUUUAAAAAGAAGAGAAAGUGAAUUAUCAAAAAAUUCCAAUAUUGAAGAAGAAUGUAUUGAUGAAUUAACUCCAUUAGUUCCCACAUUUUCAAUCCUGAGUCAAAAAACAUCUAUAAAUUCAUUUAUAUUACGAUUGGGAAAUUCAACAUCUGCUCAAACUAUUUUUAAUUCUAUAAAUACUCUUGUGGGAAUUGGAAUGUUUUCUAUACCUUUAGGUUUUAAAUUAAGUGGUUGGGUUAUUGGAAUUAUUUUACUUAUUGGAUCUGCAAUGGCUACAAAUUUAACAUCUAAAUAUUUAGGUAAAAUCCUUAAAAAAAAUUCAAAUUUAAUGACUUAUGGAGAUAUUUCUUAUCAAUAUGGUGGUUCAUUUUUUGCAAGUUUUGUUACUUUUUUCUUUAUUAUUGAUUUAUUUGGUGCAUCAUUAAGUUUAAUUAUUUUAUUUAGUGAUUGUUUUGGGAUUUUAUGGAAUCAUAUUAAAUUUUUAAAAUUAAUUUGUAUUUUAAUUAUAUUUGUUACUAGUUUAUUACCAUUGAAUGUAUUAUCUAUUUUAAGUUUAUUUGGAAUAUUUAGUACUAUUGGAAUUAUAACAGUUAUAAUUAUAAGUGGAUUUAUUAUUCAAGAAUUCCCCGGUUCUUUGAGGGAUAUAGCAAAUACUUCAAUUUACCCCAGUAGUUUUAAAGAAUUAUGUUUUAGUUUAGGUAUAUUUAUGGCACCAUGGGGAGGACAUCCAGUUUUUCCUGAACUUUAUAGAGAUAUGAAACAUCCUCAAAAAUAUAGUAAAUCAAGUAAUAUAUCUUUCAGUAUUACAUUUAUUUUGGAUUUUACAAUUGGUAUAAUUGGUUAUUUAAUGUAUGGAAAUUUAGUUGAUGAUUCAAUUAUAAAAAAUAUAAUGUCAAAUUCAAAUAAACCAAAUUGGAUUAAUCAAAUAUUGUAUCUUUUAUUGGGAAUAUUACCAAUAUCUAAAUUACCAUUAGUUACUAGACCUAUUAUUACUUCUUAUGAGAAUUUAAUGGGGAUUUCACAACAUCAAGAUCAUAAAUCUGGUCACAAAAAUGGAAUUGUUAGAAUCGGUAUGAGAUUUGUAUUUUGUUUUAUAUUGUUAUUUAUUUCCAUUUUAUUUACUUCUUUUGGUAAAUUAAUUUCAUUUUUGGGUAGUGCAAUAUGUUAUACCGUUUGUUUAACAUUACCUUUAUUAUUUUAUCUCAAAUUGAAUAAAUUUGAUAUUGGUCAAUUUGAAAAGUUAUGUAUUAUUUUAGGUAUAAUUGUAUCUAUAGUGUUGAGUAUUGUAGGUACUUAUGCUGCAAUCAUGGCUAGAUUUUAG